GUAACGGGAUCACUAUGAGUUUCAAGAACAAAGUUGUGAUAGUUACGGGAGCCAGUUCGGGCAUUGGUGCUGCAGCAUCCAAAAUGUUUAGCAAAGAGGGCGCUCGCGUGGUAAUGGUGAGUCGCAAUGAGACUAAACUCGCCGCCGUGGCCUCCCAGUGCACUUCGCCGCUCGUACUUCGUGCAGAUAUUUCAAACGACGACGACGCUCGACGUAUCAUAGAUCAAACCAUUAAGAAGACUGGUCAAAUCGAUGUAUUAGUCAACAACGCUGGUAUGACAAUGGCAAAUGGUGGUAUACUCGCCACCGACAUGAUGAAAGCUUACGAUAUUAUCAUGAACACCAACCUCCGAGCUGUCGUUCAUUUAUGUAACUUGGCUGCCCCGCACCUGGUCAAAACAAAGGGCAAUAUAGUGAACAUAUCAAGUAUUGCUGGAACUAUACCUCCUAUUGGUCCAGGUUUAACCAACUAUUACGUCUCAAAAUCAGCGUUGAACCAUUUCACUGUUUGUGCCGCGGCGGAGUUGGGACCGCACGGUGUGCGAGUAAACGCAAUAAGCCCUGGACCGGUUAGGACUAAUUUUAUGAACAAUGUUAAUGAUUCUUUCGGAACAUCUGGGUCCUGGGACGAUUUUUUACCGAAAACUAUUCUGAACAGAGUGUCCGAGCCGGAGGAAAUAGCAGAUAUGAUCUUGUACCUGGCAAGUGAUAAAGCGAAGUCUGUCACAGGAUCCAAUUACGUGAACGACAAUGGCUUUCUUCUCAAACGGACAUGA